GCCCAGAUCUCAGUGAUCGAGACAACGAUCGAAUAAGAUCGACGAGGUGUCAUUGGAUGAAACUGGUUUUCUUUGCUCCUGGCCUUUCCACACUCGUUUCCGGCCUUCUACAACUGUCGCUCUGCUAAAUCACACAUACCAUACUGUAGAGUUGACCAUGACCAGCGGACCUGAACAAGCUGGUCCAAGUAGGCCAAGAAAUCCUCCGAGGACGACUUCGAGGAUCCAAGAUAUCACCGAGGAGAAGCCACCUUUUGGGUCGAGGUGUGAACUUCCUUGUCUUGACAGUAUAACCUCGAAACUCAGGCUUCAGUGUUUGCUUAGAUUCCUUACCGAGGAUGCGGAUGUAUGGAGCCAGAAUGCUUGGGACCAUGUACCCCCUCCUGAAGACCAGGGCGAGGUGAUUGCGAACGCUCUGGCGAAACAGCAUAUUGCGCCGGUGCCAGAAGAAGAGAGACAAAAGUACAACGAGAAACCUGCCAGGCAUUGGGAUAAUUUCUAUAAGAUGAAUGCCGGCAACUUCUUUCGUAAUCGAAAAUGGCUACAUCACGAGUUCCCAGAACUACUUCAAUCGGCAGAACCUGAUGCUGGUCCAGUAGCAAUCGCCGAACUGGGGUGUGGGGCCGGCAAUGCUGUAUUUCCUCUGCUUGCUGCCAACAAGAACCCGCAAUUGAGUUUAUACGCAUACGACUACGCAUCUCACGCCGUCAAAGUUGUCCAGAGCAAUCCGCUAUAUCUAGAACCGCCAGUAGGCACCAUCAAGUCGGCGGUAUGGGAUCUCUCUUCAGACUCAUUGCCACCCGACCUCGCCCCGAACAGCAUCGACAUCGUCACUCUGGUAUUUGUUUUGAGCGCGCUACAUCCACGCGAGUGGUCUCAGGCUAUCGUCAACAUCCAUCGGAUAUUGAAACCGGGAGGAUUAGUUCUCUUCCGCGAUUAUGGUCGGUAUGACCUCACACAGCUGAGAUUCAAAGGUGGACGACUGUUAGAAGACAACUUCUACAUCCGAGGUGACAAGACCAGAGUGUAUUUCUUCGAGUUAGAUGAACUAGCGCUACUCUUCACCGGCUCGCUGGCACCCACAGCAGUAAAGAACGCGCCUUCGGAAGUCAAGGUCGAAGAGGAAGGUGACGAAAGCGAAACGCCUCCUCACACCGAACCCUCAACUCGUGUACAGAGUCCUCAAGCGUCCGAAACACCUUCCCCUAGGGCCUCCACACCUAUUACCAUCAAUGCUGAAACCCAACCAAGCUCUACUCCGCCUCCCAAAGCGAAUGGAACUUCCACGUCGAAGACCGUCCAAUCGACCAUCCACCCCAUCCUACACCCACUACUAGAGAAGGAUACUCAAUCGCCUCACCCAUUGUUUUCGAUGGAGCAAUUGGGGGUUGAUCGUCGGUUGAUCGUCAAUCGGAAAAGACAAUUGAAGAUGUACCGAGUUUGGAUGCAGGGCAAGUUCAGGAAGCUGGAACCUAAAGCAGAUGUAUAAGGGUUGUGUAGCAGGUUUGAAAUGUGCAUUCCGCGGUGCUGAGUGCCAACCGUGAUUGGUCUAUAAUUGACUGAAUAUGAAAGGCGUGAAUACUAAUACUUGCCAAUACAAGUCGAAUGCACAUACCAUUUAC